AUGAACGGAGGCUUUAAAUCGUCGCCCCUGUUGGACGAAAGCGAACUGUCAAAAAACCGACAAUUGGGGUCGAUUAACGUCGACUGGUUGACAAGAAACAGCUGUGCACAUCAGGACCAAGACACGCCCACGACAGCAAAAACGCAGAAAGCAGAGUCAAAAACCGAUCAUAAAGCUCACGGCAAGAAAGAAUUGACGAAAAAUGGCGAACAAGACUCGAGUUCGGGCGAUUUGGACACCUCGCGAGCCCUGUCACCAGAAUCUCGCAGCAUGACAAACGGAACGGGUCUCGAUCGCUCCUCCAGCGAGCGGAGAAGCUCAGUGGCAGACCAGAACUAUUUUGACGGGAUGGCAUGCUCGAAAAGUCACGCACAAUACACAGGCUCUCUUUUGCGUCGUAGCAAUUCGCUGUCGACGAACUCUAUGGGACACAUCGAGGAAUCCAAGCCCCAGAAGCAGGGCUUUCUACGAUCGCUUUUCGGUCGCAGGAAAAAAGACGAGCCCAAAAAGGAGCACGCCAGACGCAGCAGCAUCAGUGCGAAAUCGGAGUACGGCGUGGCAAACAAACCCCAACACGAGACCGUUACGGAAUCGCACGACGACAGGAAACUAACCGCUAGAAGAGCUAGUCAAUCCUCCAGCCGUGCAAGCUUGGCCCAGCCCCAAAUGUCCUCAAUGACCAGGUCAAAAACCACCCCGGCACAUCCGGAAGAUGCCGAUCCGAACCUCGAUGAGUUUUUACAGCGCUAUAGAUUGGCUCUCAAAACAGCUGUUGCUGUCAAUUCCAGACCCACCUCAUCCCACAGGCCUAUACGACCGGAUACGGCCAAGUCCAAGGCUACCUUUUCCAUUGACGAAGGCAUAGAAACGGUCGAUGAAGCAGAACCAAAGCGACAUCUUGAUGUCAAGGGAAGGCCUAUUCCGUCACAUCCUUACAAGUCCAGUCUGGCUCCAGCAUUGCGGAAACAAUAUCGGUGUAGUCGAAAAGAAACAUUGCGGAGAACAAAUACGAAUACGUCGUCAUCUACCAACCGGUUCGGCGCAUUUCUGAAGAGGGUGACCUCUCACACCGACGAGCAUUCGUCGAAGGGGUCGCUUACAGAUUCUGAUACAGACACCAGUGAUGAAGAGUCGUCAGUAGGUUUUCAAAGCGGCCGCAGGCUAAGCAUUCCCGGACUAGAGGGUAUUAAGCCUCUGAGAAAAGUAUCCUUUGCCACCAACACGUACUUCAAUGACCCACCGCAGCAAAUCUGUAGCAAAAAUCCAAGAAGAGGCGAGGUUGAGGUGAAUCCUGAUGGGUCUGUCAUCAUUCACCGAUUAACACCUGAAGAAAAACGCGAAAUAUUGCAAAAAACAACAUCGGGGAUUGUGGUAGGUGGCUCCGGUCACUUGAAGCUACUAUGCGAUCCAACAGUCAAUGAAAAUGACGCCAAACGGCGAGAGGAGCGAAAACCCGAAGCCCCCACUGCCAAUGGCGAAGAAACAGAGGCAGUCGCAAAGAAUCAGAUCAAGGAUGCUGAAAAAACAGCCGAGUCACAAGCAGAUAAUACUUCCAAAGAGCUCGAAAAUCCGUCUGCAGCUAACGAGGAAGAAGUCUCUGUCAGUAAAGCUGCUUCUGAAGUGAAGAUAGACAAGCCUAUGAUCAGCAGACGCUCGGGCUGCUCUCUUUCGUCCGCCUUUUCGACGAGCGAUGACGAUAGCACUGAGGUUUAUCCUCCUCCAGACAUGAAGAUUCCGCAUGAUGUUACGUACACUCGCUGUUGCCACCUGCGUGAAAUACUACCUAUACCUGCAACUUUAAAACAAUUGAAGAAAGGAUCAGUCGACCCGAUUCCGUUGCUCCAGUUAAGGAAUCCUAAACCUUCUUUGAUAGAGGUUUUGUCAUUUAGCGACUUUUUGAGCAUUGCUCCGGUGUUAUGUCUCUCUCUGGACGGUGUCAGUUUGAGCGUUGAAAUGUUAAACAUCAUAUUAUGCUCUAUCACCAACAAGAAAGAGUUCGAGAAGCUCUCUUUACGAAACACCCCAAUAGAUCACGAAGGAUGGAAACUCUUGUGCUACUUCGUAGCAGAGUGUAAGAGCCUGAAUGCUUUGGACCUAUCAAUGGUUCCAGGGAUGUCUAUCAAUGUUCAAAAGCCGUCGAAGUCAGCUCUAAAGUCUCGUGUUGUUAGAAUGGAAUGUUCACUGGAAAGCAGAGAGGAACUAAAGUGGGAUCUCUUAACUGCAUCGUUGGCAACUAAUGGAGGCUUGGAAGAGAUCAUCAUUUCGGGUGCAAAAAUGUCUCUCAAACAAUUUCAGAACUUUAUCGAACUCGGCUGCAUGCAAACGAAAAGAUUGGGGCUGGCGUAUAACUCUCUAACGACAGAGCAGUGCGCCGUGCUUGCAGAUUGGCUGGUCCAAUCUCAGGUCACUGGUCUCGACAUGGCAUAUAACGAUUUAAGGGGGAAACUGGGUAGAUUCUCUGCAACGCUCAUCGAAAAAAUGCAGAGCAAUAACAAUGUGUUCAAGUACAUUUCGCUAAACUCUACUAAUUUAGAAGUUUUGGAAGGUUCCGAGUCGAGCAACAAUGAUCUUUUGCGGCUAAUCAGCAGCUUGUGCUACUGUGACAAUUUAAAGUUGUUAGACAUUUCCAACAAUCCUCAAAUAUUCCCUCAUGUUACAAGGCAUCUCGCGCAUUAUCUCCCCGUGUUUGUUAAUUUGAUGCGUCUUCAAAUGGACUACAAUAACAUUCCUUCGACAUCCAUAGUCACCCUGGCUGAGGUUUUUCCAAUGUGUCAGAAACUGAACUACGUCUCGCUGCGUGGAACAAAGCUAGAUCGUGCUUCCGGUUGUGCGUUGGCUGCCACGAUGCGCAAAAGUUCUUCACUGUUGACCCUCGAUUUGGACUGGGAAGGGCUGUCGGACAAGAUCAAGGAUAAGAUUUCACUAUGCGGGAUGAGAAACAUGGAGUCUGCAAUCAACAGAGUGGAUGACAAUGGUACACCCAAACUUCCGGAUGCAUUGGCUAGCUUACAGAAAGAACUGUCUGAGCUUUUGACAGAGAAGCCUAUGAACAAAGAAGAGCUUGGGCUCGUGACACAAAGCUUUGUCGCUAGAUUGACUAAAGCUCGGUCGUUUAUCGACAAAAUGACGGAAGAUUUGUUCAAACUCAGGGUAGAGGGGAAUCUGAAUACCAGCGGUAAAGAGACGUUGAUCAGAUUUUGUUUUAUUGACGCCACUUUCGAGAGAGGUUUGAGGCUCUUGGCUCAGCGGUACAAUAAUAAGAUUGACAUACCGAGCCACUCGGGUAUGCACUUCGACAAAGGCGGCGAAAGUAUGCGAAGAGUAGAAUCGACGGCAACUUUGUCUUCAAAUUUCUUUGCAGAAAGUGGACAUUCCGCACUCCUGCCAUUUCAGUACCCACCAAUCGAGCGCUCAGGACCUGCUGAGGAUGCUGUGGAGAUCAAGGACGAUAUACCUGGCAGCGUUGACUCACAUGCUCGCGACCAGCUGAAGGAAGAAGGAACAAUUUUACGCAAAACUCACGACAUCUUAGAGCGUGCCAGCGGCGAAAAGUCCGCCGUAAGCGACGCGAACCACCCUGGUCACAAGAACGUGGAAGAUUCGCUUCUAGACACUCACGAUUUGAGCGACGUUGCUAAACUUGACGGCGAAAAGAUCAAAGAGUUUAUUAUCACACAGGAUAUUUCAACUGUUGCUGGAUUUCUCCAAAAGCUUCGCGAGCGGGGCGUGAACCUGAAUGACCUGUUUAAGAAACGAACGGACUCGCAACACACGGAUGACUCAAGAGAUCCUAUUGACAGUGAUGCGGAACAAACCUCUAGAGAAUCAAGCACUGUGGUGGGGGUUCGAGCCAACUUGCAGGACGAGAAACUAUCACAAAGAGAAAAUGAUUUCAGUGACUCUGAUACCGAGUCCGACGUUGCUAACGAGGGCCAUUCCAUCGACCGUGUCUACGACGAGGUAUUGGACAAUAUCGAGCGGGGAAGAUUUACAAAUCAUUAA